CGAUCAUUGAUCAGUCCUGACUCCAAACCCGGAGCUUUCAAGCUUCCAAAUUCUCAUUGUGUAACCACCGGCAUCUCUAUCAAAUCCAUCGCCGGUUCCUCCACGCGUCUCACCACAGUUGGCGCCAGUCCCACGAUGUUUUCUCCGGAUACCGGUCAUCGCACCGCGUCCUUUACGCGAUCCUCCCGACGCAGACAGCGGACCGACUCCGAUGGAGCUUUCCAAUCGUUGCGCAAGCGCACCAAGGUCGCCGAACACACCGACGUGCACUCUCCUGUGGACGACGAUAACGGUGCCGACGACUCUCACGACGUCCCGGUUGCGUCGAUCGAGCGGCAACAGGUUCCAAUGGCGCGGCCAAUGCCAGUGCGCGAAAAGCCAAGUUCGAUCCCGCUGAGGUCUUUGAAAGGCGACACGGGAUCAUAUCUUACAAAGACGGCAUAUUACUCGGUGAAAAAGCUUCCGGCCUUUCCUGACCAGCUGCGGGAUGCACUGGAUAUCGAUGCGAAGUUCGUCCCAUCGUCGCAGUAUGUCCUGGCGACAACUCCGGAUACGGCAUACGUAUGGGACUACAACUCCGGACCUGCGAACCUGUCGCUGAAAGUCCUCCCGAUCCCCAAUUCCAUGAAAGCGUACCAACUGCCUCCGCUCGGCCAUAUCAUUGGCAGUAAGACAACAGAGGACCUUGGUCUAGUUCUUGUCGCUCCGAAGUCGGGAAAGAUCAUGUUCUGGGAGAACAUCGACACGCUGGAGUCCCAACCCCUCUUUCAACAACGAAGACACGGUCUGGAAGGCAUGGUCGGGAGCAUGGCCACGGGCGAGAGAGCGGUCGAACUCAUCGAUGCGAAGCAUGCCGGGAUACUACUGCGUUUUAACACGGGCCGAAUCGCACAGCUCCUCCUUCGAGAUGGGCAAGGACGACCCAAAAUUACCGUUCGACCCUUGUAUGCCAGUGGUGCAGGCGAUGGAGGAUGGGUAUCGGGCUUCAUGAACACUUUUACCGCCUCUAGCUACCAGGCUAUCGCGGCGAAGAGAGUCAUUUCGACCAAGGGUCAUGCUGAGGUGUACGCUUGCAACAAAGACGGGAAGUUCUACUUCUGGGACAUCGAUUGGACGGGCCAGCAUCUUUUCAAAUCCGCCAUUGAGACAAAAGCCGAGAUCCAAGCUGGUCUGAUUGCUGGGUUCGAUGCGCCCCCGGGCAUGUUCAGUGCCUUGGAGAUCGUAGACUUUGCGAUCCUCAAUUCCCCAAUGUCGGAGAAAUCUGCGCUUGCACGGCCGGAGGAGAGCGAGCCGGCUACUCAUGUGCUGACUCUUGUGCGGUCGCAGUCAGAAAGUGUCACCUGGUUUUAUUUGGUCGAACUCAUGCUCGAGAGAGACGCCGCCAGCACUCGGCGCAUUAUCCAGGUUCAAUUCAACCCCCAAGCCCCCGAACAAAAAGGAUGGCCGCCGAAAUUGCUCGUACCGGAGCCGCAGCAUACAGCGUUCAUCGUCUAUCAAACCGGCGUGUCGAUCAUCUCCAUCAUCAGUUCCGAAAACUCUCCUGAGAAUCAGCUGCUCGCGAACGGUUCGACAUCUCGCGACCUCUUUCAAGACGUUCUCCGUUUUAAACUUACCGACGCCCACUGUUUUUUCGCGUCCGAAAUAGAACCCCCGGGUACGAAAACUCGGAACUCGACAUGCCUGCUGAUGUCCCGAGGCGCGGGAAUCAUUCGUUGCACUGCCAACGACCCCGAAAAGACCGAUGAACCCAUGAACGUGCACACAUUGUCUCCGAAAGGGAGGAUCGAGCAAGCCGUCUUUUUUGGAGGCAUGUCGGAUAAUCCCAUCAACUUCAACAACCCGAACCCCUUCCCCCAAAUCUAUCAUCCUUCCGAGGUCGAGGGUGCGGCCAUCACCAUCAGCCACGAGAUUCUCUCGUCCACGACUCCGUAUAUGGAGCGCCAGACCGGCGCGAUGGAGAUCUUCCUGGCCAAACGCGCCAAGGCGCUUCGCGAUCUGAUCGAGUAUACCAAGCGUCUGGUCCCGAACCUCUCGACAAUCACGAAGUGGCAGCUGCUCUGGAACGCGGAAAAGCUCGCGUCGGCCCAGGCGCUCUGGGCGAAGCAUGAGGCGCGGAAGGCGACGAUGGAUAAUCCGACGGGGACGCUCCUGCAGAGCGUGGCCGAAGACCUGCUGAAAGAAUACCACGAGGAAUACGCCGGACUUGAGGACGCGGGCACGGUGACGGACCCGGUGUCCAGCUGGUUCACGCGCGACCUCUGGCGGCAAGAACGGCUGUUCACCAGCUCCCUGCAAGGGCUCGUGAAUAUUCUGCACAAUUACGAGCGGGAGAUCGUGCACAAACUCAAGAUGGAGCUGAUGGAGGAGGCCGACGAGAUCCAUUGGACGCUGCUCGAGACCGCCAUGCAGUUUCGGACCGACCAUGCCGCGAUGUAUGGCAUCGACGAUGAGACUAUCGAGGAUGGCGUCCUUACGACGGGCUACGAAGGCCUGCCGAGGUUCUGGACCUCGACGCAGAAUAGCGUCACCAGCAUUCGACAUUUGGUCCGAUUGAACAAUGGCAUGGCGAAAGCCGCCACGGAGGUGGUGGUGCGCGGCGAGGGAGACGAAUAUCGAGAGACAACGGAGACCAUGUUGGACGCAGGAUAUGCGCUGACCCGAUAUUGCCUCCUCGUGCACCUGGAGCGGAUUCGGUGGUGCCUGGCCCAGGAGGACGAGAAGGUCCGGGCGAGUGGGAUCAGUCUACAGCAAGAGUUUGAAAGCAAGAUCCGAGGCCAGUUGAUCCAGGAACUGCUGGAGGUUGACGGUGGCGAGGCGGCGUUGGACUACGCGAUCGAAUUCCGGGACCUCGAAUCGCUGGUGGUGGUCAUCCACUUCAAUCUGGAGGACUACCAGUCCAUCAUUGACGACCCGAAAAUGCACCGGCGAGGGAAGUCAGAGGCAUCGGAGCACCUCCAAUCGCUACGGGACCGGGUAAAGAACAAAUUCUUCAAGAUCUUCGGCAAGCCGUUCUCAGAGGCCUACCUGAAUUCCUACGUCGAAGCGGGUCGGUUCUGGGACCUGCUCGAAGACGACCUCGUGCCGGAUGACAUCCGCACCGAGUUCCUCCACUCGAACGAAGCGUUCGCGAAAUUAAGCUGGAUGCACGAUGCGGCGUCAAACGACGGGACGCGGAACUACAAGGACGCGUGCCAAGCGCUGGCCAAGGCGGCGCUGUCGCAGGAGACGAACGCAUGGUGCAAAGACAUUCAACUCUGCCUCGCCAAGCUUUCCCUGAAGGCGCAUGAGUCCUCGACGCUGGACGCCACACUCGCGCAGCGGAACGGCGACGUGAAACGCCUCGACGCGGAGAUCCAGGCGACGUGGAUGCAAGACGUCCUCUACCACGUCGUGCAAGGCGCAGCGCACGGCGCCCUGGACGCGGAAUCGGCGGUCGAUCUGGUGAUGGGGGAGUUCGGCGCGCGCCACGUGGCGGGAAAGCCGGCCCUGCAUCAGCUGCUGAAGCGCGGGUUCGAGGAGCUGCUGGCGCGGCGGGUGCUCGCGCCGGAAGCGCUGGUCGAUGUGCUCACGCUGAUGGACACGCAACCGCGCGAGGACGACGUGAACGGGUUCCUGAACUUCGCGUUUGCGACAGCGCUGCAGGUCGUGCCGGCGGCGGCGGCGGCGCCGGAGGCGUUGAUCGAGCUAAUCUGGAAGCGGUGCUAUAUUCGGGACGAUUGGGCAGCGAUCAACCGGGCAGCGCUCGCGGGCGAGGGGGACGACGAUGAGCUGGUGCAGGACACGGCGUUGUUCUACCUGUGCCGGGAGAUUUUCUCUAGCACCCUCAAGGACAACCCCUACAAGACACCCGUCCCCCUCGAGAGCGCGCUCCGCUCCGGCUCCCACGAGUCGGACCUCGUCAACCGAUUCCACCGCGAAGACCUCUGCGCGCCGAUCGUGCAGGACAACCGGGUCGACGACGAGCGGCUGCGGGCGCUGAUCGACGGCGCGCGGUUGGAGCACUGGCGCGACGUGUGUCUGCGCGUCGGGGAGCAGGUCGGGCGGCAAGAGACGGAGGCGGAGGAGCGGGGGAAGAAGGGGACGAUUGGGGGGAUGGAGUGGGCAAGGAGGAGGGGGGCGUUGGAGGGGUUGGAGGAGAGGUUGAGGAGGGAGAAGAGGGCGGAGCGGUUUCCGAAGGUAAAUGGGUCGAGUUCGAGUAUGGAGGAGUAAGGGGAGAGAGUUCCCUGGUCGAUCAACAUUGAGCGACGAUCGAUGGUUUACAGCUUUGUUCGGUGAGCGGUGGGCGCGCUUUGCCUUGUAGCGUUUGGGGUAGCGAUUCAGCCAGCGUAGUUUAACGCUGUCGAGGAGCCCGGCAGAUCUAGUGCGUGGAGAGGUCAAUAUUCGAGACAGAACACGUACAUGAUGUCUGUACAAUCUGUAUAUAUGCGGAUCAUGUGACGAUUGCUGCCUGUAUCGUACCUUCUUCCUCCUGUCCUAAAGUAGAUGCCCGUUUACUGUUUAGGCCGCUGAACCAGCACGUGCAACUGAACACACCACUCUAGUGCAGAUAGGUACUAGGUAUUCGUCCACGUUGCAAUGCAGGUAUCUAACAGAUUUCGAAGUCCAAACACUAUGGAAUGGAUCCCAAUUCCCAAGUCACCCCCUGC